UAUUAGCAGAAAAGAGAGUGCAAAAAAGACAACCAUUCAGUGGUUCCGGUCACGGUUACAAAAAGCACCCGUCACACUCUCAACUUGUCUUCAAACACAGUCACCAACAACAGCACCAAUAAUCACUUCUAUUUCUUUCUCUCUGUCUCCUCGAUUUCCCUCCAGAACACCGCAAUAACGGUCAUAUUUCCCGAUAAAAAAGGAAAACUACCUCAAACCAGCAGUACCAACCUCAAAACCGAUUUCACAUCUUUCUUCUUCGCCAUCUGAUCUCAAACCACGUGUAAAACAUGCACAGACCAAAAAGCUUCUUCGUCUUUUCGCCCUACUUUCACCGACUCAUUCUCCUCCUCUUCCUUCUCACACUCACCCCGUCUUGUGGCGCUUCUGGCGGCGGCGGGGGCAUUCCGCCGCAGGAGCUCUGGUGCGUGGCGAAAAACAACGCGGAGGACUCGGAUCUGACGACGGCGCUGAAUUGGGCCUGUGGGCCUGGUGGGGCCGACUGCAGCCCAAUCCAAAAUGGAGGACCAUGCUACGACCCAAGCAAUACUCCGCUUAUGGCUUCCUAUGCUUUCAACGAUUACUUCCUGAAGCAUGGCUUGACCGAUGAUAGCUGCAGUUUCAGUAACACCGCUGCUGUUACUUCUUUGAACCCUAGUAAUGAUAAAUGCAAGUUUCCUUCCAGUUUGAGUGUGAGCAAUGGAGGUGUUACCGGAACAAUGUCGUCGACGUCAUCGUCGUCAUCAUCAUCAGUGGGAUUGGAACCCAGUGAGGAUAUGAGUGGAGGCAGCAAAGUUUCUUUGAGGUGGUGGUUUUGGCUUUUGAGUAUAUCACAUUUGCUGCUCAUGGUUUCAGUUUUUGGAUAGUAAGAAGUAAAACUAUUUUUAGUAGCCCCUUGAAUUGGGAAAGGAAUAUGGCAAAACAUAAAGAUGUUUCCCCUUCCUUGUUCACUUUCACAUAGCUUAGGCAAUUUCUAAGAAUAUUAACUAAUAUGCGUUUACUAUGACAGAUUAAGGUUAAUGAAAUAUAUAUUUUUGUUCCUGCCUAUCA